AUACAAUACGAUGCCCCUCUGAAUUUAACGCAAGAGAAACCUCCAAAAAAUUACAGCUUUGCCGAUUUCAAGCGACUAGAACAAGACCCCUCCACUAUGAAUGGCUGUGACACCAACGGUGCAAUUCAGAGCUCGCUUCAGCCGAAUGGAUCUAUCAGAGAUCGAUUUCCUGGCCUUCACACCGUACAUCAUCACAUUUCGCCAAAAAGUGAGACAUCUUCCAUGAACCAUGCUUCUGAAAGCCGACUAUCAAAUGGCGAAUGGCUGGACAGAUAUAAAAUUCAAUCCACUGUGGACAAGCUACACAGUCUGAAGGAAAUGCUUGAUGACCUUUUACGCUUGCAGGCACAUGCCAAUAAUACCUACCAAGCCCCUGCGACCUGUAUGGAUUGGACAAAUAUACAAUCGGUUUCACCCACAUCCAGUAAGGAUGCAAUGCAAAAACAAACGUCCAGUCAUCCGCUACUAGACUCCAUCCAUUUACCAAUAUUGUCUAACGCAUCUCAAAUGCACAGCAUCCUAAGUAGUUUAUCGACCCAAAGUAAGCCAUAUUUACCACAAUCCAUGGUUCCUGGAAGCCCUUUCCUGUCUGCCUUUUUGCCUAAAUUUAAACCAGUGUCCCUGUCGGAGUUGGAGCAUUGCAGCUCUUCAAUUAUUGAUAAAGAAGGGCUGAGGAACGACCAAUCCCCAAUGGCUACUCACCAUCCCAAACCAGCAACCUCAAUUAAUCAGAUAAGUACAGAUUUCGGGUUACAGACCAACGGAUUGGAGCCAAAUUGCUUCAAGGUUCAGAAUCAUUACACAACUUACUCUGCAAACUCCGACUCGCCAAUAACAGUACGACCUCUCAGUAAUCCAGCCUCUUCCAUUCAGUCAUCGUCCAACCCUUUAUCGCUGUUUAUGUCCCUACCUGAAACUAUGAAACGCGUUUCAUCCAGUUGUGAGAACCCCAAUCAAAGGCCUCAGGCAAACAUUUUGGAUAUCACCAAAUUAACAAGACCAUUAAGUUCCUCCCCGACAAAGUACUGCGGUCAUUCAACUCACCCCUUUAAAGAAGGAAUACAUCGAGUGGUUUCACCAACGCUGAAUCAGUUUGAUCAAUGCAGUUCUCAGGGGAAUUCUCUGACCAGUCUCAGUCCAUUGCAAGCGUUUGAUUUGACACUAGGUGCAGACUUAUCUACCCAAGCACAAUUGAGCACAGCCAAUACGUUUGCCAAGAUCAACGGAUUUGUGGAGAAUAGAGUAAGAAGUCCAAAAUCACUGGAAUAUAGCGGAGGGGCACCGAUGCAGGCAGCAGACACAUUGGCUGAGCUACGUUUGCAGCGGAGCUCAUCAGCAGUGCAUGUCCAGUGGCCGUACCGCGACUUGAACUCCGGACAUCUGACAUACGAGGCAAGCGUAUUUCCACUGUUCCACCAGCGCAAAUUAGACACAUGUUCAGACGUGAAAAUUCGGGUGUGUACAAUGUGA